CUGUCCUCAUCCGCCAAUCGACAUAGGUCCCCGGGAAUUGCUACUCCGCUCAUUUUGUGUCCCGUUUACAGCCACGAAACAGUGACAUUUUCUGCGGUGUUAAAAUAAUCGUCGUGUCCGUGAAUAAAAUCGUGACACCUGCUCGGUUUGGUGACUGCGUUUUAGCCGACAUUGAUGCCACUGAUGUUUCAGCGUCCAUGUCCCCCCGUAGGCUGUGCUGCGGAGUGAUACUCAUCUCAUCGGUGCCGACAAUGUGGAGGCUGUUAAAAUGUCUACUUGGAAAAUGAAAUGGUUACAUUUUCUCCAACAAUAAGGAAACGGAGCGGCGUAAGAGUUAUGGUUCGCGUUAGAAACGUGUUUCCAGUUUCGUGACGAGGACGACGACGAGACGAGGCGACGGAGGAGUGGUUCAUUUUGUCUUUCCUCGUUUUAUCGAGCCCACAGUCCGGACCACGGGGGGAAGGAUCCUAUCCCUAACUUUGUUUUUCUCUGUGCUGCGGCCGUUGGUUUCUCCCCGUUGGAUGCCAUUUAAUUGAAUCCAGUGGCUUGCUGAGACUGAAAGAGCCAAGUGAACAGCAGCAGAGAAUGGCUGCAGUGGAAACAGACAAGGAGCUCAACGACUUGCUGGAUUUUAGCGCGAUGUUUGAGCCUCCAGUUUCAAACGGCAAGAACCAGCCGACUACCCUCGGCAGCAGUCGGUUUUCAGGUUCAGGUUUAGAUGAUAGGAGUGGGUCCAGUCCCUGGGGGCCAGGAGAACAGAACAGUCCAUCUUUCAACCAGGGACGGGGUUACGGAGAACAAGGCCUUUACAGUGAGCAAGAAGGCAUUGCCUCUGCCCCCAUGUAUGGAUCAGGAAUUGUAGGGAAGGCUGAGCGAGGAGCAUACUCGUCAUUUGCAACACAGCCGGGCUUUAUGCCCAGUGAGAUGCCCAUGCCCAGUCCUGAUGCUCUCUCCCCGUCUGGCCUGAAGUCCAAUCCCCAGUUUUAUUCCUCCUAUGAGGGAGGCAACUCUCGCAGGAGACCCUCACAGGAGCCCGUUGGACCACAGCCAAAAAAGAUCAGGAAGGUGCCCCCUGGCCUGCCCUCCUCGGUUUAUGUAUCAGCCUCAGGAGAGGAUUUUAACAGGGACAAUGCUGGCUACCCGGCCUCCAAGACAGGAAACGUCUACCCACCACCAUUCUACAUGCAAGAAGGCCUCCACCCGCCCUCUGAUCCAUGGGGCUCUGCCAGGUCGAUGGUUCAGCCUGGUUAUUCUGCCAUGCUGAGCAACUCCCCCCAUCUGAACCAGCAUGCUCCCUUCACUGCCAUCAACCCCCAAGACAGACUGAAACGGCAGCCACUGCCCCUCUCUCCCCAAAACUACCCCAUGCAUGGCAGUGAAGUGAACGGGGCUCAUCCCGCUGGUUUCCACUCUGGCCCCAGCAGCUUCGGAGUCCCCAGCCACACACCCCCGAUGGCUGACACCAUUAUGGCCAAUCGAGGCGCAGUACCUGGCAGUUCAGGUGAUGAGAUUGGAAAAGCCCUGGCAUCUAUCUAUCCUUCAGAUCCACACAGUAACACCUUCCCUCCGUCUCCGUCUACUCCCUCUGGCUCUCCACAGGCUGUAUCAGGCUCUGCAUCCCAGUGGACUCGAUCCUCCGGCCAGGCCACACCUUCACCCAACUAUGAGGUUCAGUCCAUGCCGAGUAAAGUGGAGGACCGCCUGGAUGAAGCCAUCAAUGUUCUUCAGCGUCACGCCAGUGGACAAGGAGGGCCAGGCCUGGCUGAAAUGCACAGUCUGCUCUCGUCUGGUUUAGGGUUACCUCAAGCCUUCACCAGCGCAGCACUCGGAUUGGCUGGUCGCCUGCCUGGACUGGUGUCAGGUCACCACGAGGACUCUGCAGGUCUGCCAUCUAGUGGAGGACUAAUGCAUGGACACCACGGCCCCUCCUCUGUGCAGCCUGGCUCUCAGCCUGAAGGUUUCACCGGCCUGUCCAGUAGCCUCAGUCGCUCCAGUGGUUCUGACAUCAAACGAGAGGAUAAGGAGGACGAUGAAAAUUGCUCCAUCACCGACAGGUCAGAGGACGAGAAAAAAGACAUGAAGAACCGCAUUCGAACAAGCGUUGUCUCGGUGACCGAUGAGAACCUGACUGCCGAGGAGAAGGAGCAGAGGGAGCGCGAGCGCCGCCAUGCUAACAACGCUAGGGAGAGGGUGCGCGUGCGCGACAUUAACGAAGCCUUCAGAGAGCUGGGCAGGAUGUGUCAGGUCCACCUGCAGAGCGACAAGGCCCAGACCAAGCUUAUCAUCCUGCAGCAGGCUGUCCAGGUCAUAAUGGGCCUGGAGAAGCAGGUGCGAGAGCGUAAUUUGAACCCAAAGGCUGCCUGCCUCAAGAGGAGAGAGGAGGAGAAAGUUUCAGGCGUGGACCCCCAGAUGCAGCUGGGUGGGGGGCACCCUGGUCUAGGAGGAGAUGGACAUAUGUAACUCUCAGUUCCUGUUGAUUGUACAGCCCUUAGAACACGUGGCCUUAAUCUAUCAUUGUCAUGCAUCUCAGUGUGUGUUAAUCAACUCUUGGAAAGCACACACGCACACACACCUCAUUACUGACAAAGCAGGUGGCCACAUUCCUGACUACGAAUACAAAAGUAACAAGCACACUCUCGCAGAAUGAGCGGAAACGUAUUAACCUUAACGUGACAACACUUUGAACCGAGGACAGCGGUUUGGAGACGGCGGAAAAUUGGAUAUGAGGACAUUCUUACGAUCGUGUUUUUGUAAGACACUUUGGAAAAAUUGCUUUUACUUGUUGGGAGCAAAACUUGUUUGGAUCAAAUGAAACUUUUUGGAUCAACUGCUUGUGUGAGCAGAGUUAGGGUUUGUAUUGUUGGAUGAUUAUUGGCAUUCCCAUCUGAAAAGCAGGUCUUACAUUCUUCACAGGCAAAGAGGGACACUGGGUUUAUGAACUCGUUAAAGCGUGCCCACAAGAGGCCUAAUGCAUAGUGUUUAAGAUGAAAUAGCCAUCAUUAUUAUUUCUCACGUGAUGACUGAAUUACAGAGGCAGGUUUGGAGACAUCCAGCAACUAACUGGCAAUCAGAGAGCUGACACCUUUUUUGUAUUUCUGGAUGUGUUUUUUAAAUUUCUUGCUUUGGCUGAAAAGGUGCCACAGUCACUGACUCACACACACGUGGUGGGUUAUUUUUUCUUUAUUUUUAACUGUGGAGUCUUAUCUCUUAAGUCCUGUACAUCUGUUAUGGUCACUGCCAUGCAAGUGGAACGAAAAGACCGCCAGAGAGAGACCCUCCACUGACACAAAUGCGAGCAAAGACUCGAUACAGAUCCAGGAACCACAGUGAUGUUGACUCAAACGUGCACAUCCUGACCGGUUGGACUCGAGCGUUCAGAUGUCAUCCUCACUGCUCAGCUCCAUGAUGAAGUCAGUCAUUCUCAGCCUGCCCCUGUCACACCACACCUAAAGACUCUGUUACAGCAUGGUGAACUUACUAAACUGAAGUCUCGGAGCGAUUUGUGUCACAUUUUGCCAGAAGACAGAAAUAAUUGAGUAUUGAAAGGGAUCAUGAGUGUUCUGCUGCCCUGUAGAGAAUUUACUCGCCAUUGACGGACUUGUUUUGGUUGUUGCUGUGUGUUGAGAAUUACGUGUUUUUGUUUUCCCCUUUUGAACAACUGCAAAGCCUGUUGUGAGGAUCUUCCUUUUGUAGAAUUGAUUUACCUUUUUUUUUAUUGUUUUAUUUUUUACUUUGUAAAAUAGUUGUAUGAGUUUUGUUUUUAUCAUUUUGGAAUGCUUUUUCUUUAUUUUUUGUUUACAUUGUUUAAAUGUAACACGACUCUCGAUUUUUAGAUUCCAGGAACAAAGUGAGGUGUUUUUCUUUUCGUGCCAGGUGCUUAGAAAUGUUAGAAAUGACAAACUUAUCUGGCUGUAACAUCACAUGUUGUGAUAUUGCUCUCUUUUAAAAAAAAAAAAAAAAAACACAAUGCAUGUUUCAACACAAAGCUGUCAGGCCAGUUGUAAUUGGAUGGUUCUGGUGUUUGCGACAGAUUUUUUUUUCUUAAAUGAAACAAUAUUUUUCUUCAGCACGCCCCCCUCUCCGCUCCCUGAUGUCCAGCUCUCUGAUGAGCGUGUUGAUUAGUUUGAGGAAGGGGCAGCGGGGGCGGUCUGCACAAUCUGCAACAUAAUUCACUGUUUCAUUGUGAUAUGAAGCAUAAAAUGAAUCAAAUAGGGUGGCCUUAGUCAUUUUCCUGACUUUGGGAGUUUUGAUAAUGGUUACUCACCAGUGCCUGAAUACUUCUCUGCUACAUGGUGGAUGACGUUGCAUUUGAGGAUUUAUAGGUUGUACCUUUUUAUAUUACAGAUGUAUAAAACAUAUAUACUUCAUCUGACAGUGUCUCAGAACAUCUAAAUGAAGAAUUACACUCAGUGACGCUGACUGCUUCAGUGUCCGUGUCAUUAAAUGUAAGAUGACUAAUAACCAGGGGUCUCAUUUAUAAGAAUACGUUGGAUCUAUACUAAAAAUGUGCGUGCAACAACAAUUUCUCCAUCUGUGUCGCCAUUUUCCCAUCUCUAACUGUUUAUAAGCAUGGGUCAAAGCUUCUCCAAUCAAGUCUGUUUUUAUAGAUCAAAACUCCUGCGUGGGAAGUGUCGCACGCAGUUUAUAAAUGAGACCCCUGGUGUUCAACUUUGACGCUGAAAACUACUUAAAAUGUUUCAUCUUUUAUGUACUGAUUUUGUUAAGUAUAAUUUUGUCCUUGACUGGCAUGUGCAUUGAUAUGUAUGUACAGCUGUAUGAUACGUCAGCUUUGUCAUUGUAAGCUGAUACUGAUAUGUAACAGUAUUUGGUUUUCUACCUGUCAUGUUUUGUCACAGAUCCCUCCCCGCGGAUGAGCCCCAAGCAUUACCUUUCAGUUACUCUAACCUUUCGGCAGAAAAAACGUGGUGUUUGUUGUGAUAUGAAAAAUCUCUACUGAAGACUUGUACUUUUUAUUUCUUUACAUGAAAGUUUUUUCUGCAGUAUCCGAGGAUCAAAUCAUGCACCAGAUAUUUUUUUUGUUUUUAACAGAACCCUUUCUGUCCUUCACAACAGAUGAACUGCUACAAAUCUCUCUGUCUUCACUCAUGUUUGGGGACAACAUCUAUGUAGGCUAUGUCCUCAAAGUGCCUCCAGUUUCCUAUUUUUUAUAUAUAAAGUAGAUAUAGAGAACUGUUGUGUAUAUAACAGUAAUGUAGCAAUAAAUGUGCCAUUUUUAAUAACAAACAAAA